AUGGAACCCGUCCUCCAUGGUGUGCAGGACCUCAUUGUGAAGUGCCGAUCGCUCUUCCGGUCGCACAGCUCUCUAAUCAUCGUCACUGGUGUGGCCUCACUGAUCGCCUUGAAGGCUCUUAAGCUCAUGCAGCGUAGCAGGGUGGACCUCCAUGCACUCUUUGGUGGACCAAAUCAUCUCAUUCCUUUCCUCGGCUUCAUACCGAAGUCUGUUGAUCAUAUCUUUCACGCCCUUGAGAUCUACGCUGACACAUAUGGCGACGUGUAUCACAUUAAAAUCCUCGGCGGUGACGUGUUGGUUGUCUCCGAUCCCGAACUGAUCCGAGACGUCCUGAAUGCACGUCCGAGAACCUACUUUAGACCGUCCAAUAGAGACAAGAUUUUACCUAUAGAGGGCAUGUUUACUACAGAGGGUGAAGUGUGGAAGCGGAACAGACGAUUGGGUGCGCCGGCAUUCAACGAUAUCAACUCAUCGGCUAUGAUUCCCGAUAUGUCCAAAGUUGCCUUGAGGCUGAUACGACAGUUGAAGUCCCUCAGUCAAGAUGGUGUCAUCGUAUGGCGCCCCACAGGAUGGCUUCCCCUCUGCACUUUGGAUAUUCUAUGUGUCACCACUCUCGGAAAGGAUUAUAACUUGUUCAACACAGAUGGUGAGCAUCUACAAUAA